GCCAGAGUCAGAAGGACACUUCCAAAGCAAGCUUCCCAAGGAAAAUGGGCACCCAGGGAAAGGUCAUUACAUGCAAGGCAGCCAUUGCCUGGAAAACUGACAGCCCCCUUUGCAUUGAAGAAAUUGAAGUUUCUCCUCCUAAGGCUCAUGAAGUUCGAAUUAAGGUAAUCGCCACAUGCGUGUGCCCUACUGACAUCAAUGCCACCAAUCCUAAGAAGAAAGCUCUCUUCCCAGUAGUCCUCGGCCAUGAGUGUGCAGGAAUUGUAGAAAGCGUUGGGCCAGGAGUGACCAACUUCAAACCAGGUGACAAAGUAAUCCCAUUCUUCGCACCACAGUGCAAAAAGUGCAAGCUCUGUCUGAGUCCUCUCACGAACCUCUGUGGGAAGCUCAGAAAUUUUAAAUACCCUACUAUUGAUCAAGAGCUCAUGGAAGACAGAACCAGCAGGUUUACCUGCAAAGGAAGAUCAAUUUACCACUUCAUGGGAGUCAGUUCCUUCUCUCAGUACACUGUGGUUUCAGAAGCCAAUCUUGCCCGAGUGGAUGAUGAGGCAAAUUUGGAGAGAGUGUGUCUGAUUGGAUGUGGGUUCACAUCAGGCUAUGGGGCUGCGAUCAACACUGCCAAGGUCACCCCUGGUUCCGCUUGUGCUGUCUUUGGCCUGGGGUGUGUAGGUCUUUCUGCUGUAAUUGGAUGUAAAAUAGCAGGUGCUUCCAGAAUCAUAGCUAUUGACAUCAACAGUGAGAAGUUCCCAAAAGCCAAGGCCCUGGGAGCCACUGACUGCCUUAAUCCCAGAGACCUAGACAAACCUGUCCAAGAUGUCAUCACUGAACUGACGGGUGGAGGUGUGGAUUUCUCCCUGGACUGUGCAGGAACAGCUCAGACCUUGAAAGCAGCUGUAGACUGCACCGUCGUAGGCUGGGGGUCAUGCACUGUGGUCGGAGCAAAGGUUGAUGAAAUGAAUAUAUCCACCGUGGACAUGAUAUUGGGCCGUUCUGUAAAGGGAACGUUCUUUGGUGGUUGGAAAAGUGUAGACUCUGUCCCAAACCUGGUUACUGACUACAAGAAUAAGAAAUUCGAUCUGGACUUACUGGUGACCCAUGCCCUACCUUUUGACAAAAUCAACGACGCGAUUGACCUGAUGAACCAAGGAAAAAGCAUCCGAACAAUCCUGACCUUUUGAAGACGCCAGGAGGAACUUGGAAUGUCAUCAGAUUGGAUCCAAGCUUGUCCAGAUGACUUCCCACUUCCCACGAUGAGCCAAGGAAAGCUAUGAGUUUAAGCAUGUGUUCACACUUCGUAUCAACACAAAUGAACUAUAAAUUAUAUAGUCACUCUU